UAGUGAAACUAUAGAGGGAAGAACAGGGAGGAUGUAUUGGUUGCUAGGGAAAUCUGCGGAAAAUGACAUCCUGUAUUAAUAAGAUCUAAGUGCUCUGGGAAGUGUCUUGACAGAGAACCUGAGUAGGACAAAGCAGUCUGGAUCUGAGUGAGCUAACUGGCACCAUGAAAAUAUCAGGUGUCUUUCUGCUCCUCUCUCUGGCUCUUUUCUGCUUUUUCUCAGGUGUCUUCAGUCAAGGAGAAAAGGUUGACUGUGCUGAGUUCGGGGAUCCCAAGGUCUACUGCACUCGGGAAUCUAAUCCCCACUGUGGCUCUGAUGGCCAGACAUAUGGCAAUAAAUGUUCCUUCUGUAAGGCGAUGGCGAAAAGUGGUGGGAAGAUCAACCUAAAGCACUAUGGAACAUGCUGAAUUGGAACCAGUGCUUUGUGCUGAGCUGCCGGCUCUCUCAGCCUUCUUUUCUUGGUUCUGCUUUGAUUUUUCUCUAGCAGAAAGCUUAAAUUUAUAGAAACACGCCUUCUUCUCUGCCUGGGUCUUGGGGAAUUCAAUAUAUAAUAUUUUCCUUGAUUUGCUUAACAAUA